UUAAUCAUCAUUUCACUGUAAUUACAGAUAAAUAAAUGAAAUUAGAGUUCUAUCAGGGCUUCAGAUGUAGCGGAAUAGCUGAACUGAUCUCCAGUUUAUUUUCAAGUCGAUUCCUUGGAGGUCCCUGAAAAAAUGUCCGUCAGCGUCCACGAGAACCGCAAGUCCCGGACCAGCACCGGCUCCAUGAACAUCUCGCUGUUCCACAAGCCCUCGCACCCCGACAGCGUCCUCACCCACCUCAACACGCUCCGCAAACAGCGCAUGUUCACCGACGUGACGUUAUGGGCCGGGGAUCGCUCGUUCCCGUGCCACCGCGCCGUCCUGGCGGCCUGCAGUCGCUACUUCGAAGCGAUGUUCAGCGGCGGCCUGCGCGAAAGCCUGGACAGCGAGGUGAACUUCCGGGACAGCGUGCACCCGGAGGUCCUGGAGCUGCUCCUGGACUUCGCGUAUUCGUCGCGGGUCAUCAUCAACGAGGAGAACGCCGAGUCGCUCCUGGAGGCCGGAGACAUGCUGCAGUUCCACGACAUCCGGGACGCCGCCGCCGAGUUCCUGGAGAAGAACCUGCACUCGUCCAACUGUCUGGGAAUGAUGCUCCUGUCGGACGCGCAUCAGUGCAAGAGGCUGUACGAGCUCUCCUGGAGGAUGUGCCUGGUGCACUUCGAGGCCGUCCGGGACACCGAGGACUUUUACGGGCUCUCCAAGGACAAACUUCAGGACCUCAUUCUGAGUGACGAGCUGGAGAUCGAAGACGAGCAGAUCGUGUUCAAUGCGGUGAUGCGCUGGCUCCGGUACGACCUGGACGCUCGCCGGGAGUACCUUCCCGAGCUGCUCCGCGGCAUCCGUCUCGCCCUCCUGCCCUCCGAGUGCCUCAUCGAGGCCGUGGCCUGCGAGGAGCUGGUCAUGUCGGACAAGCGGAGUCAACGGAUCGUCGAGGAGGCCAUCCAGUGCAAGAAGAAGAUCCUGCAGAACGACGGGGUGGUCACCAGUCCCUGCGCCAGGCCUCGCAAGUCCGGUCACACCUUGCUCAUCCUCGGAGGCCAGACCUUCAUGUGCGACAAGAUCUACCAAGUGGACCACAAAGCGAAGGAGAUCAUCCCCAAAUCUGACCUGCCGAGCCCCAGGAAGGAGUUCAGCGCAUGCGCCAUCGGGUGCAAGGUGUACAUCACCGGAGGGCGCGGCUCGGAAAACGGAGUGUCCAAAGAUGUUUGGAUUUACGAUACGGUCCACGAGGAGUGGUCCAAGGGCGCGCCCAUGUUAAUCGCGUGCUUCGGGCACGGCUCGGCGGAACUGGAGAACUGCCUUUACGUGGUGGGAGGUCACACGGCGAUCGCCGGCGUGUUCCCCGCCUCGCCGUCCGUGUCUCUGAAGCAAGUCGAGCGCUACGACCCCCUGACCAACAAGUGGACCAUGAUGGCGCCGCUCAGAGACGGCGUCAGUAACGCGGCGGUGGUCAGUGCCAAGCUGAAGCUGUUCGUUUUCGGAGGGACCACCAUCCACCGGGACAAGGCUUCCAAGGUGCAGUGCUACGACCCCGCGGAGAAUCGAUGGACCAUAGCGGAGGAGUGCCCUCAACCGUGGCGCUACACGGCGGCCGCUGUUUUGGGGAGCCAGAUUUUCAUCAUGGGCGGGGACACCGAGUUCACCGCCGCCUCCGCGUACCGGUUCGACUGCGAGACCAAUCAGUGGACGCGGGUGGGGGAUAUGACCUCAAAACGAAUGAGCUGCCACGCCGUCGCCUCUGGUAACAAACUGUACGUGGUCGGCGGCUACUUCGGGACGCAGCGGUGUAAGACGCUAGACUGCUACGAUCCCACGUCGGACAGUUGGAACAGUAUCACUACGGUACCUUACUCCUUGAUACCCACUGCGUUCGUUAGCACCUGGAAACAUCUGCCUGCCUAGCGGUUCCCAAACGGGACAGGAUGGACCUGCCCUGGGUGUCCACUUUUCCGGUGAUGGACGACGUCACUGAGCACGUGCAAACCGCCACGCCAAUAAAUAAACAAACAUACGUAACACCGGCGGGAGCAGGAGGAGUUCGGAUCGCUGCUUCGUUGACUGAAAUCACAGAGUCGGACGAUUUGUUGCCAAGCAGGAGGCACAAACUGACCUCUCGCUUCCAAAACCUCGUCUCCGUUACCCCGGGGGGUCGGAACGGAGCGCGGACGCCGCGGGAGACGAGCUGGAACCGGUUCCUGGAGUCGCGUCAGGACCGUAAUGACGUUUACCUACAGAACAGGAAUGCACAAUAUUUUUAGAUGGACCCAGACGCACUUGUACUGUUUUUGUAUGGAAACUGUGAAGCGAUGAACUUUGAUGAUCAUUAUUAUGAUUAUUACGGCACAAUUUGAUCUCCGCGACUCCCGGGAAGGAAGCUGAAGGAGUGACGUGUUUAAUAAAAGCAUCACAGUUUGUUUUUAUAGGGAAGAUUAAAAAAAACGAUGAUUUUGCACAUGAUGUUUGUUUAACAGUUGAUGAACUUGUUUUUGAAGCUGUGUGAAGAACAGGCAUGUACCGAUAAUCAGCUGUACGAUAUAUCGCGAUAUUCAACACCAUGUCAGUAACAUCGACAUAUUAAAACAUUAAAAACAUCUUCACGAUG